AUGGAGAAGAUACUAUGCUCGUUAGAUCCCAAAUUUGUGCACAUUGUUGUGACAAUCAAGGAAACCAAAGAUUUAGAAACUAUGAUGAUAGAAAAACUUCAAGGAUCACUGCAAGCUUAUGAGGAGAAGCAUAAGAAGAAGCAAAAGAUCACUGAGAAAAUCUUCAAGAUGCAACUAAAGGAGAAGGAAGAAAGUCGAGGAAAUGAGAGAAGUCAACGAGAAUGUAGAUUCUCCAAGAAUAAAGUUGAGGAGGUGACUAACUAUGUGGAGCAAAAAGACAAGAAGUUUGAAAUAGUGCUCCUAGCACGUAGAGGUAAUGAAGGUACCCAAGAAAACACAUGGUACCUUGACACUGGUGCAAGCAACCAUAUGUGCGGAAAAAGAAGCAUGUUUGUGGAUCUUGAUGAAUCAGUAAGUGGAAAUGUCUCAUUUGGUGAUAAUUCUAAGACUCAUGCAAAAGGAAAAGCUUAUGUUCAUGUCCCAGACGAGAGAAGAGAAAAACUUGAUGACAAGAGUGAGAGAUUCAUCUUCAUCGGUUAUGAUUCAAUUUCAAAAGGGUACAAGUUGUACAACCCAAACAACAAGAAGAUGGUAAUUAGUCGAGAUGUUGUGUUUGACGAAGAAGAACAAUGGGACUUUGAGACUCAUGAAAAGGAAUACUACUUCUUUCCUCCACUUGAGGAAGAGAAGACACCUUAA